CAGGAUAGACCAUCGCAACAGAAUACGGAAAGGCAGCGUCGGAAGGCGAGUGCCUAUAAAACUGUCCUCUGUCAGGCUUUUAAAGACACGGGCAAGUGUGAAUUUGGUGAUAACUGCUGUUUUGCUCACGGGGAAAAAGAGUUACGACUACCACCGCAGGCUCAUCCAAAAUACAAGACACAGUUAUGUAAUAAGUUUUCGAUUUCUGGCUACUGUCCGUAUGGUUCACGUUGUCAGUUUAUCCAUCAAAAGCCUAGUGAUGCUUUAAUUGCAAGUGAUUUUGUUUCAACUGCCGUUUCUCUAGGGUCUUUUGAAACCGUUACUGUUUUCCCUCAGUUUGAAGACUGUGCCAGCGGAAAUAGUUUUUACUGA